ACGUGUACGCCGUCGGCUGCGAGAGUACGAGCGGAGCCCUUUAAUCCAGACGCAUUUCAGCGAUGGCUUCUACCCUCAACGGCAAAAUUCACGCGCCCGGGACUUGCCCGGGCUCCAAAGCCGAUGCCCGUGGCGGCACUGGCUGGAGAAUGGACUGUGAUCCCGACAUGCACGUGAAAAUGUGCAAGAAGAUCGCCCAGCUCACCAAGGUGAUCUAUGCCCUGAACACCCGCCAGGAUGAGGCUGAGGCCAGCAUGGAGGCGCUGCGCGAAGCCCACCAGGAGGAGCUGCGGGACGCGGUGGCCGAGACCGAGGCCAGGCUCCUGCAGGACCAGGGCCGCGCGGGGCAGGAGGCCCUGCUCCAGCGCAUCCAGGCCCUGGAGAGCGCCCUGGAGCUGCAGAAGAGGCUGACGCAGGAGGCGCUGGCCCAGUCGGCCACGUGCAGGCUGGAGACCAAAGAGAGGGAGCUGAGGGUGGAGGCCGAGCACGCAGAGCGGGUCCUCAGCCUCUCCAAGGAGAUGCUGGAGCUCAAGGCCGACUACGAGAAGAGGCUCCGGCACCUGAGCGGCCACGAGGCGCCCCGGUGGGGCCGGCUCUCCCAGGAGGGCCCCGACCCCAAGGCAGAGCCGGGCUGCGGCCCCGAGAUGCGGGAGGUCCUGCUGGAAGUGGAGCGGCUCCGGGUGGAGAACCAGCAGCUGAGCAAGGACUACGCCCGCAAGGCCGAGGAGCUGCAGGCCACCUACGAGCGGGAGAACGAGGCCAUCCGGCAGGCCAUGCAGCAGUCGGUGAGCGAGGCCCUGUGGCAGUGGCAGGAGAAGGAGACCGACCUCCGCAAGAACUUCCAGGUCCAGGAGUCGGCCCUGCAGGCCCAGGUCCGCAAGCUGGAAGGGGAUCUGGAGCACAGAGGCCGCAAGAUCAGCGACCUGAAGAAGUACGCCCAGAAGCUGAAGGACAGGAUUCAGGACCUGGAUGUGCAGCUCAAGGAGGCUCGACAGGAGAAUUUGGAGUUGAAAAGCACUGCCAAAAAACUGGGGGAGAAGCUGGCUGUUGCCAAAGACAGGCUGAUGCUGCAGGAGUGUCAUGUUGCACAGAAAACAGAUGACAUGAAGACGGAGCAAGUUUCAGAGAGUGAAGCCCUAGGGAAGGAGAAUGGUUUGGAAGCCCGCAGUCUUCAUCCUCAGCAGGAUCAGAACUUUGCCAAGGAGUGUCCGUGCACAAAAGGAGGCACAUAUGCACAGACCAAGAAAGAGGCAGAUAUUGAGACGGAAUAUAUGAAGCGGCAGUACGAAGAAGACCUUCGUAAAAUCAAACAUCAGACAGAAGAGGAGAAGAAACAUCUCAAAGACCAGCUGGUGAAGAGACUGGAGGACUUGGUGAAGAAGCACACGGUGGAAAUCAAAUCAGUCCGCUCAUCAGUGGAGGCUGAGAGGAAGAGGCUGCAGAAGGAAGUAGAAACACAGCUGGAAGACGUGAAGAAGAAAUCAGAAAAUGAAAUAAAGCAGCUGGAAGAAGAGAAAGCGGCCCUGAGCGUGAAGCUCCAGAAUUCGCUGCUUGAGGUUUUAAGACUGGAAGAAUUUAUCCAACAGCAUAAGGUAUGUCCCCCGAGAGGCGAUGACAGGUCCCCGGAAGUGGACUGCCAGCACUGCAGCAUUUUGGACACCCAGGAUCCAUGCUUGAAGUCGAAUGAACCUUCUCAGACUCUGCCCAGAGGGGAGGACCAUCAAGAUAAGUUAGCAGCUGAAGAAGGAACCAGCAGCGAUGAAGAGGAGAGGAUCGAAGCGCCCCUCAAGGAGGGAGGUGACCCGCUGCUUCCACUGGGCUCUUUGCUGGAGGAGAAGGCCCCGGAAAUCCAGCGUCUGCGGGAGGAGUGGCAGAGCCAGAAGGCCAGAUUUCAAGCCCAGAUCUCACAGAUGCAGCAGGCCCUGGAGCAGUGCGCCAGCGACCACAGGGAGGACCUGCGGGAGCUCAGGCAGCUCUCGGAGCAGGAGAGGGGGCAGCUGCAGCGCCAGCUCCAGGAGACGGUCCAGCAGAACCAGGCGACGAAGGCGCAGCUCGAGGCUUCCCACCAGCGAGCCCUCCGCAUGCUUGAGAAGGCCAAGAACCAGGAGCUCAAGGCCACCGAGGAGCGCUUGAAGAAGGAAUCCAGCCACAGCCUUCAGAUCCAGCACCAGGCGCACCGGCUGGAGCUGCAGGCCUUGGAGGAGAAGGCCCGGCAAGAGCUCCAGGGGGAGCUGGAGCGGGUGCAGGCCCAGCAGGGGCUGCUGCUAGAGUCCCUGAGGCAGGAGCUGUCGGAGCAGCGGGCUGCCUGCUCUGAGCACCAGAAGGACUUGGAGGCACUGCAGGCUGAGCUGAGGGCCCUGGGCAGCUUGGACCAGCGGCAGGCCAUCACCCUGAGUCCUGGGGACAGCGAGGACCACGCCGGCACCGCAGAGGAGGCGGGCAGCCCCGGCCAGACGGGGUCCCCGAAGGGCGCUGCUGAGCAGGAGCCCCGCGAGGGAUGCGGCCUCCGGGAGGAGAACUCGGAGCUGAAGGAGGAGGUGCGGCGGCUGCAGGCGGAGGUGGAACAGCACCAGCAGGAGGCGCUGCAGCUCCGCGACCAGCGCAAGCGGCUGGAGGAGGAUCAGCAGGCCCAGCGGGCCCGGGAGGUGGAGCUGCUACGCCAGGAACACCGGAAGGAGAUGCAGGCCAUGGUGGCGGAUUUCAGCAGCGCUCAGGCCAGGCUCCAGGCCCGGCUGGCUGCCCUGGAAACUGAACCGAAAGACUCCGGAGAGAAGCCAGGGAAGGGGGCGUCCAGGCCAGAGGACGUUCAGCUCAUAGGCCGUCUGCGGACCCGCUUGAAGGAGAGAGAGGAGGUCAUCAGGCAGCUCACGGAGGAGAGAAGAUUUCACUACGCAGCGUUCCCCAGUGCAAUGUCCCAUCGGAAUCGGUCCUUCUCUUUCAAUCCUCACCCCGGGUAUCUGACCCCUUCCAUGAAGAAAAAGAAGGUGGAGGAAGUGCCCAGCCGAGUGGUCAGCGUGCCAAACCUUGCCUCCUAUGCCAAGAACUUCCUGAGUGGCGACCUGAGCUCCAGGAUCCAUGCCCCUCCGAUAACUAAGUCGCCCAGCUUGGACCCAGGCCCCAGCUGCGGCCGACCCUACAAACCCACCCCAUCUCCAGAUGUGAAAACUGCCACAAGGACACAAGAUGAUGAAACAGCCCAGCCCAAAGAAAUCCAGCAGAAACAGGGCUCUGCCCACCAGGAAUGGUUUACCAAAUAUUUUUCUUUCUAAACUGAUCCUUGGGAUACAUCACAAAGAGGACAUUUGAAUAACAUUUCUUUUGAAACAUCUGAAUGAGGGAAUGAACCAGAAAACCAGUCAACCAAAUAACUUGCUUGUGUAUGAUUUACAUGUAUGGCUAGAACAAAUUCUUGCAUUAACAUUUCAUACUGUUUCAUUGUGACAUUAAGUUAAACAAGCCAGUGUUACCAGAUUAGCUCCCACAGGAAAACGCUGUUAACGUUACUGAUGACCUACAUGUAAUAUAUCCAGUGUCCAUAGAUUGCACUCCGCCUUGUGGAACAGCAGACUCUGUGAUAUCCAGGGUCUACUUUUAAAGUGAUUCAUUUUUCCUAGGAUGCUGGGCAUCUUCACUUGAAAAGUGCUCCUAUGGAAAUGAUACAAUUCCAAAGUGUACAUCUAACCUCAAUAGGCAGAGGAAUAAAACAAAGGUCAAAAAUAACCAGGAAAGCCAAUUUAAAAAAAAACAAACAAAGAAACUACUGAGAAUGGACUGUAGCAGACCCUGGCAUACCUGAAUCAAGUGUUUUGUCUUCCUAGGUCCAGGACAAGUAGAUUACAGAGGGCAUAACACCUACCUCAAAGGGGGCUUUCUGAAGCAAAGUAAAAUAAUAUGGGUGACGCUACCAAUCGUGAAUUGCAAUUAAGCUUUGCCAGGAUUUUUCUGUGAAUAACCGAGCUUUGCCCUGUCAUACAUCUCCGUUUCAAAGACUGUAGCAUCGACUUGGUCAUUUGUGAAGGAUUCUAGAUUAUCUGUUCUUUGAAGUCAAAGCUCUACUGAAUCUCUAGUCUUGCCCCCUGGUGCGUGACUUCCCCACUGCAUGGGUGCUCAGCAGGUCAAAGAGAACUGGGCGUGACCUCGCUGCAGUCCACACUGAGCCGUCUGACCCUCUGACAGAGCAGUGUGAUUUGACAAGACUCAAUACAACUUCUAGUGAGAAAAAUAUGUUAAUUCUUUGGUGCUGGCCCAGCAGGUGGCCCAUAAACAACUAUUUAUCCUAUGCACUGUCAAAUCUUUGCUCUUUGAAUAAAACUUUAAACAA